AUGCAAGACACAACGCAGGAAGUCAACGCAAGAAAAGAAGAAAUACAAGAAGAAAUACAAGAAGAAAUACAAGAAGAAUACAAGAAGAAAUACAAGAAGAAACCGCAAGAAGAAACGCAAGAAGAAACGCAAGAGGAAACGCAAGAGGAAACGCAAGAAGAAACGCAAGAAGAAACGCAGAGACGCAAGAAGAAACGCAAGAAGAAACGCAAGAAGAAACGCAAGAAGAAACGCAAGAAGAAACGCAAGAAGAAACGCAAGAAGAAACGCAAGAAGAAACGCAAGAAGAAACGCAAGAAGAAACACAAGAAGAAACACAAGAAGAAACACAAGAAGAAACACAAGAAGCCAGUAUAA